UGUCAGCACAGAGCCCGACGCAGGGCCCAAACUGGACUGUGAGAUCAUGACCUGAGCUGAAGUCGGACGCUUAACCGACUGAGCCACCCAGGCACCCCAAAGUCCCCCUGAUUCUUGAGAGUUUUCUCAUUGUGUAAAAGUGCUUCCUUUUUGGUUAGUAAAUCAGUAUUAGGGUAUUAUGAGAAAAAUUAAAAUGUUUCAACCCACAACUUCCUUAGAUUAAUACCAACUAUUUUAAGGUUUAUUUGUUCUGUAUGUGAACAAUUUCAUAUGCUUGUUUAUUAAUAUUAUUUCAGUGACUCAUUUUAAUAUUUCUGUGUAAAAUAUCCAUAUAAUCUAUAAAGCCACAUUAUCUCCAAAAGAGUGUUGGUAAUAUGCAAUAUGUGUGGCCAGUGGGUGCCAGUCUGACCAUUCAAACCAGGGCCCAGGAGAGGAUCUGGUCUGUCCACCAAAGUUUAAGGUCCAGCCUUCAUUUUUAGGCUAAUAAGCUCAAGGUUUACAGUUAUUAGAGGGGAUUUUAUUUUGAGAGAUUGAUUGUAAUUAAACAAUUUGGCAAGACAGGUGUAAAAAUUCUAGACUAUAAAUGAAUGUAAAUAGAAGGGAGAGGAGAUUUGGAAUAUUUUAAUUUUCUGAUUAAAGUCAUUUUCCUCUGGAAGGAAAACCUCCUGGGAACUUUGGGGUGACUAGAUGAUCAUUUACUUAGGGGGAGAGUUUGAUGAUUUUAAACACAGGCCAUAAAACUGCAACAUACAAACACAUGUGAUAAAGACUGUUGAUCAGAGACUCUUGGGGUCUCUUCCCCCCCUGCUGCCUGAGAUGUUCACCAGGAUUCUUCACUACUUCCUGGACUGAUUGUUUUCCCCACAGUGGUAAUGAGCUGGGAACUUACUAGGAGAUACACUAGAGUACAAACUAUAGCCUGGAAGUUUUACAAGUGUGAACUUAGCAGGUGUGAAGUCUUUCUUCCCAGGAAUAUCUCCAAGAGGGGCAGACUAAGAGCAGCAAACAGAGCGGCAACAGGAUUAAUAGGAAAGGGUAACUGAAGGACAGGACCUAGUGCUGGUUGAUGCAGAAUGACCAGGUUCGCUGCAGCCGUCACUCAACUAAACCUACAUGCAAACAAAAGCUGGAGGACUGUUCCUGGAAGAAACGUGAAUGAGCUGCUUGAGGAGGGCCCCAGUUUGCAGCGAAGGAAAGCCCUUCUCACUUGGGCAUUUGGAAGGCUCCUCCUUCCUGCUCUCUGCCCGUGUACCCAUAAGUGAAGUCUCCCAUUUGAUAGUCCCAUAUGAGUGCGUACCUCACGUUGUCCUUCCCGUUCCUCGAGGAGGCCCGCUGGAGAAUUCUGGAGAAUUUGAACUCCCAGUGGCAGAAGAGACUCAGCCAGCCACCCAGAAGCUGGGUCCUUUGUUUUUAUGUAAUUUCUUUUAAAUGUUCAACUGAGAUUUACUACACCCGAAGAAAACCAAUGGCAGGAUGAAUGAAAAUGAUAUCAGAGAAAACCUCAGACCGUCAUGAAUGAAUAAAGAGAACAAACAAAAACCAAAACAGUUCCAGUGGCUACCAGAGAAGAGGUGGAUGGAAGGAUGGGUGAAAUAGAUAAAUGCCAUUAAGAGUAUACUCACCUUGACGAGCCCCGAGAAAGGCACAGAAUCGCCGGAUGAUCGUGUUGUACGCCUGAAACUAAUAUAACAUUGUGGGAUGUCUGGAGAAGACAGGUCUCCACUGAUGACCGGCAGAAGGAACUGGCACCCCCCCUGCGCAAACAGGCUGUUGUCCGCUGCUGGACACUGGUGCGGGGCCCACGUGGGCGUGUGCUGUGGCCAUGGGGAGAUCAUCCGCCUCGAAGGUGAGCAUCUCCAGCUGAAACAUUGGCCCUAGUCUGCCAGAGAGGCCGCCCAUCCAAGCCCUGUUCUACCAGUGGGCAGGGCACACGAGAAUGAAAACUGCAGGCUCCUAGCUGGAGGGGCAGGAAUGUAAUCAGCCACAGGCUUCACACGUCUCUGUGUUCCUGCAAAGCCGUUGUAUCUAAACGGGCAGUGCCUGCUGCUACACCCCCGCUCUCUGCUGUGGCGUGUGCUGCGUAGACGUGGUGGCCUUGACCGUGGGCGAGGCAAUGGACUCAGACCCACCCCCCCAUCACCCCAUGCGCAGCAACUGCUGGACUUUACACUGGGUCUGCUUCGACUCCGGGGCCCAUCCGGAUCCCCUACAGAUAGAUGGCAGUCCUAUUAGCUGGGUGAGUCUGGCCCGGCUACCCACGCAUGAUCCCAGCCCGCCUCCAGAGCUAACCAGUGUGCUCCUGCAGAACUGGUACUGUCUCUCCCCACCCAGGCCAUGCUCGUCAAACUCAAGAUCCACUUUACUCUGGAAGACCCAAAGCACCCAGAAGUAAACUAGCCUGCCAACUUGGUGUCACUGGACCUGAACUUGACUGUGGAUAGGUGUGACCUCAGGCCAUCCUGAGUGGACACGGCUGCUUCAGAAGUGGUCAUUAAACUAUAUUGCAAAGCUGGAUUCGGGGUUCACUGCCCCUUCUAUUCGGUGUCUAUUUCUCUACCCGAAGCCUGCUGUACCCUCCUCUCUUGGGCCAGACUUAAAUUGUCACCUCCAGCUAGCCUUCUGGCUUCCUGAUGAGAAAGCAAGACACCAUCAGAGGGGCCCAGAUUUUGUAGGCAAGAUGGAGCUGGGAGAGGGAGCGUCUUUGGUCUCCGAAGCGGGUCUCCCAGUGCAGUGCCUCCUUCCUGCUCUAGGACCCCCAGCCCUGUGGCACAGCCUUCUCUUCAGUCCCCUGCUUUCCUUCCACUGCGUGGAUUGCGGCCUCCGCGGAGCCGGGCCUGCGCUCGCCUCCUCGGUCCCAGCAGCACCCCGGCCGCGCGGCCUCCGCCCCCGCGAAGCGCUCUCUCCGGCAGCCCCAUGUCGGCCGCCCCCGCCUACGGCGAAGACAAGGGCGGCUCCGCCGGCCCCGGGGAGCCCGAGUACGGCCACGACCCCGCGAGCGGCGGCAUCUUCUCCUCCGACUACAAGCGGCAUGAUGACCUGAAGGAGAUGCUGGACACCAACAAAGAUUCCCUCAAGCUGGAGGCCAUGAAGACGAUCGUGGCUAUGAUCGCCAGGGGAAAGAACGCCUCCGACCUGUUUCCGGCCGUGGUGAAGAACGUGGCCUGUAAGAACAUAGAGGUGAAGAAGCUGGUCUACGUGUACCUGGUGCGCUACGCCGAAGAACAACAAGAUCUGGCCCUGCUGUCUAUCUCCACCUUCCAGCGCGGCCUGAAGGACCCCAACCAGCUGAUUCGGGCCAGUGCCCUCCGCGUCCUGUCUAGCAUCCGGGUGCCCAUCAUUGUGCCCAUCAUGAUGCUGGCCAUCAAGGAAGCUGCAUCGGACAUGUCACCCUAUGUACGGAAAACAGCUGCUCACGCCAUCCCUAAACUCUACAGUUUGGAUUCGGACCAGAAGGACCAGCUGAUCGAGGUCAUUGAGAAACUUCUGGCCGACAAGACCACGCUGGUGGCGGGCAGUGUGGUGAUGGCCUUCGAGGAGGUCUGCCCCGAGCGCAUCGACCUGAUACACAAGAACUACCGGAAGCUCUGUAACCUGCUCAUCGACGUGGAGGAGUGGGGGCAGGUGGUCAUCAUCAGCAUGCUCACCCGCUACGCGCGCACGCAGUUCCUGAGCCCCACCCAGAACGAAUCUCUGCUGGAGGAGAACCCGGAGAAAGCCUUCUACGGCUCGGAAGAGGACGAGGCCAAGGGCCCGGGCUCGGAGGAGGCGGCCACCGCUGCGCUGCCCGCCCGCAAGCCCUACGUCAUGGACCCCGACCACCGGCUGCUGCUGCGCAACACGAAGCCGCUGCUGCAGAGCCGCAGCGCCGCCGUGGUCAUGGCGGUGGCCCAGCUCUACUUCCAUCUGGCGCCCAAGGCGGAGGUGGGCGUCAUCGCCAAGGCGCUAGUGCGCCUGCUGCGCAGCCACAGUGAGGUGCAGUACGUGGUGCUCCAGAACGUGGCCACCAUGUCCAUCAAGCGCCGGGGUAUGUUUGAGCCCUACCUGAAGAGCUUCUACAUCAGAUCCACCGACCCCACCCAGAUCAAGAUCCUGAAGCUGGAAGUGUUGACCAACCUGGCCAAUGAGACCAACACCCCUACUGUCCUACGGGAGUUCCAGACGUACAUUCGUAGCAUGGACAAGGACUUUGUAGCAGCCACUAUCCAGGCCAUUGGACGCUGUGCAACCAACAUCGGCCGAGUCCGUGACACCUGUCUCAACGGCCUGGUGCAGCUGCUGUCCAACCGCGACGAGCUGGUGGUCGCAGAGUCGGUGGUUGUCAUUAAGAAGCUGCUGCAGAUGCAGCCCGCGCAGCACGGAGAGAUCAUCAAGCACCUGGCAAAGCUCACGGACAACAUCCAGGUGCCCAUGGCCCGGGCCAGCAUCCUGUGGCUCAUCGGCGAGUACUGCGAGCACGUCCCCAAGAUCGCGCCUGACGUCCUGAGAAAGAUGGCCAAGUCCUUCACGGCAGAGGAGGACAUCGUCAAGCUGCAGAUCAUCAACCUGGCAGCCAAGCUCUACCUGACUAACUCUAAGCAGACCAAGCUGCUGACCCAGUAUGUGCUGAGUCUGGCCAAGUACGACCAGAACUAUGACAUUCGUGACCGAGCGCGCUUCACCCGGCAGCUGAUCGUCCCCUCGGAGCAGGGUGGGGCCCUCAGCCGCCAUGCCAAGAAGCUCUUCCUGGCACCCAAACCAGCUCCAGUGUUGGAGUCAUCUUUCAAAGACCGGGACCACUUCCAGCUGGGCUCACUGUCCCACCUGCUCAAUGCCAAGGCCACAGGCUACCAGGAGCUCCCAGACUGGCCAGAGGAGGCUCCAGACCCAUCUGUGCGGAACGUGGAGGUACCAGAAUGGACCAAGUGCUCCAAUCGAGAGAAGAGGAAGGAGAAGGAGAAACCCUUCUAUUCUGACUCAGAGGGGGAGUCAGGCCCCACAGAGUCUGCAGACAGCGACCCCGAGUCCGAGAGUGCCUCGGACAGUAAGAGCAGCAGUGAGAGCGGCUCUGGGGAGUCCAGCAGUGAGUCUGAUAGUGAAGACCAGGAGGAAGAGAAGGGGAGGAGCAGUGAGAGUGAACAGAGUGAGGAGGAAGGUGAGAAGAGGAAGAUGAAGAAAAGGAAGAAGGUGCCCGAGGGACAGGGAGGAGGUUCAUCCUCAGAGGAGGACAGUGAUUCCAGCAGUGGCUCAUCAGAAUCUGAGAGAACAUCAGAGACGGAGGAGGAGCAGGUGGAACCUGCCUCUUGGAGGAAAAAAACACCUCCCAGUGGCAAAAGCGCCCCGGUAGCCAAGGAGAUCUCCCUGCUUGACCUAGAGGAUUUCACCCCUCCCAGUGUCCAGCCUGUGUCUCCCCCCACGAUCGUGUCCACCAGUCUGGCUACUGACCUGGAGGGCCUGACGCUCACAGACUCCCCGCUGGUGCCCUCACUGCUGAGUCCAGUGGUAGGUGUUGGGAGGCAGGAGCUGCUGCACCGUGUAGCCGGUGAGGGGCUGGCCGUGGACUACACCUUCAGUCGCCAGCCUUUUUCUGGGGACCCCCACAUGGUAUCUGUGCACAUCCACUUCUCCAACAGCUCUGAUACCCCCAUCAAGGGCCUGCACGUGGGCACCCCCAAACUGCCCGCCGGCAUCAGCAUCCAGGAGUUCCCUGAAAUCGAGUCACUGGCACCUGGAGAAUCUGUCACUGCUGUAAUGGGCAUUAAUUUCUGUGACUCAACCCAGGCAGCCAACUUCCAGCUGUGUACCCAAACCCGGCAAUUCUACGUCUCCAUUCAGCCACCCGUUGGGGAGCUGAUGGCUCCCGUGUUCAUGAGCGAGAAUGAGUUCAAGAAGGAACAGGGAAAGCUGACAGGCAUGAGCGAGAUCACAGAGAAGCUCACACUGCCAGACACCUGUCGGAAUGACCACAUUGUGGUGCAGAGAGUGACUGCCGUUGCCAACCUGGGUCGUGUCCCUUGUGGGGCCUCUGAUGAGUACAGAUUUGCGGGGAGGACGCUGACCAGUGGGAGCCUGGUCCUGCUGACCCUGGACGCCCGGCCCACUGGAGCCGCCCAGCUGACCGUCAACAGUGAGAAGAUGGUGAUCGGCACCAUGCUGGUGAAGGACGUGGUGCAGGCUCUGACCCAGUGAUUCCCGAGGGCUGUGACCGCAUUGACCCCUGCUUCUCUCUCCCUCAUGACAUCUGGGUUGUUAGCCCCACUUGUCUUUCCUCUCUCUCUCUCUCUCUCUCAUAGCAGUUUCCUCAUGCCAGAGAGCAUCGGUGGGGGGGGGGGGGGGGAACUCUUGCCCUCUAGUCACUACCAGGCUCCCCUGCAGCCCCUCCCCCGCCCUGUGGGUCCCCUAGCGGCCUGUGUGGGGGGAGCCGCUCCCUCCAGUCUUCCUGGCUUUCUGUAGCUAUUUCUGCAGCAACAUCCCAAUAAAGUGUCUUCUCCCUAC